AUGGGAGAAAUCGGUGUACAAAUCAAGAACAAUGGCUGUCCAGCUGAUUGGAUAUGGAUUGUGCCACCUAUGUCUGGCUCGAUUACGCCUGUCUUCCAUCAGGAAAUGGCUUUAUACUAUUUAAAGCCAUCGUUUGAUUAUCAGGAUCCAGCUUGGCGUACGCACUUAUGGAAGAAGGGACGCGGGGACGCCAAGAUCAAAAAACCGAGACGUAAAUUUAAUUUCAAACAAAUUGCUAGGGCUGUGAAAUUUACAUCGAAAUUAUUUGGUCGCGCCUUGUCAAAACGUAUUAAGGCGACUGUUUUGUAUGCAACCGAAACUGGAAAGUCCGAGCAAUAUGCAAAGCAGUUAUGUGAAUUAUUGGGACACGCAUUCAAUGCACAGAUUUAUUGCAUGUCAGAUUACGACAUAUCUUCCAUAGAACAUGAGGCUUUACUGAUUGUAGUGGCAUCUACGUUCGGUAAUGGUGAUCCGCCAGAAAACGGAGAGCUGUUCUCUCAGGAAUUGUAUGCGAUGCGGGUGCAGGAAGGCAGUGGCAACGGACAAGACUCCAGCAUUGGUGUUAGCUCAUCAAAAUCCUUUAUGAAAGCCAGCUCAAGGCAAGAUUUAAUCAAGUUGCCUUUACAGCAAGUGAAGAAAAUAGAUCGCUGGGAUUCCCUGCGAGGGUCAACAUCAGACACUUUUACAGAGGAAACUUUCGGGCCCUUGUCAAAUGUGAGAUUUGCUGUAUUUGCUUUGGGUUCUUCCGCUUAUCCCAACUUUUGUGCCUUUGGCCAAUAUAUUGACAAUGUACUCGGUGAGUUAGGUGGUGAACGAUUGCUAAAGAUGGCUUAUGGUGAUGAAAUGUGUGGACAGGAACAGUCUUUCCGUAAAUGGGCACCUGAGGUGUUCAAACUCGCUUGUGAGACGUUCUGCUUGGAUCCAGAUGAGAGUUUAUCGGAUGCCUCGUUGGCUUUACAAAAUGAAUCCUUGACCGUAAAUACCGUGCGCUUGGUUCCCUCGAAGUCUCGUGGCUCUUUAGAAGAGUUGUUAUCCAAAUUUCAUAACAAAAAAGUGUAUUGUUGUUCCAUUAAAGAAGCCCCAAUUAACCUUACCAACAUUGGUAAUGGCGAAAGGACAACCAUUCUUCUAAAGAUUAAUGCUCCCGGAUUGGAAUAUGAACCAGGCGAUCAUGUUGGAAUAUUUCCCGCUAAUCGCGAAGAUAUUGUUGAUGGCAUUUUAAAACGAUUAACUGGUGUAGAAAAUAUGGAGGAAGUCUUGCAGCUACAAUUGCUUAAAGAAAAGCAUACAUCAAAUGGCAUUUUCAAAUUAUGGGAAUCCCAUGAUAAAGUGCCACCAGACUCGGUUCGUAAUUUAUUGUUGCGUUUCUUCGACAUAACCACACCACCAACGCGUCAAAUGCUCACUCUUCUCGCUGGGUUUUGUGAUGACAAUCAGGACAUGGAGCGUUUACAAUUGUUGGCUACUGAUUCAUCGGCAUAUGAAGAUUGGCGACACUGGCGCUUACCACAUUUAUUAGAAGUUCUCGAGGAAUUCCCUUCCUGUAAACCACCCGCAACGCUGGUGUUGGUUAACUUAAUGCCGCUGCAAGCUCGAUUUUACUCGAUUUCCUCUUCGCCACGUAAAGUUAACAACGAAAUACAUUUAACGGUGGCCAUCGUUCGCUAUCGGUCAGAGGAUGGUAAUGGUGACGAGCGUUAUGGCGUUUGUUCAAAUUAUCUGUCCGGCCUAAAUAAGACCGACAAAUUGCAUAUGUUUGUGCGUAGUGCACCUAGUUUCCAUUUGCCUCCUGAUCACGAACGCCCGAUUAUUUUGAUUGGGCCAGGUACUGGCAUAGCACCGUUCCGCUCAUUCUGGCAGGAAUUCGAAAUGUUACGUGAGCUUAAUGCGGAUGUACCCCUGCCGAAGGUUUGGCUCUUCUUCGGGUGUCGCAAUCGAGAUGUUGAUCUGUAUUCGAACGAAAAAAAGCAGUUGGUCCGUGAAAACAUAUUAAACCGCGUCUUCCUGGCUCUUUCACGUGAGUCUAAUAUACCGAAGACUUACGUUCAGGAUCUGAUAGAAAAAGAAUUCGAUUCACUUUACAAGCUGAUUGUUGAGGAGCAAGGUCACAUAUACGUUUGCGGUGACGUCACAAUGGCUGAGCAUGUUUACCAGACAAUCAGGAAAUGCAUUGCUGUAAAAGAGCAAAAAACAGAAACGGAAGUAGAGACAUUUAUGCUCACAUUGCGGGAUGCAAACCGUUAUCACGAGGAUAUUUUCGGAAUCACGUUACGUACCGCGGAAAUACAUACGAAGUCUAGAGCAACAGCACGUAUACGCAUGGCAUCUCAGCCAUAGAUAGAAAAAACAAAUACCUUUUUCGAUUUCAAUGGGCCCUAGAAUUUCUACGGAAGAUGCCAUGAACAUUUGUUAAAAAUUGUCCGUAUGGAACUUAAAACAAUUAAUUAUUUUCCAAAAGGCGCAUGGAUACACCCUUUAUUAAACAUAUUAUAUAAAGUAUGCUCUGAUAGCUAAAAUGGCAUUACUGUUAUUACAUAUCUUUAGUAAAAUUUGAAUCUGUUUGAAAAAAAUUUCUUGUAAUCUGUGAUUUCCGAACAUUUAAGAUAUUUAGUUUGAAAUUUCGAGCAUUAAGCGUUACUUUGCUUACUCCGUAUUAAAUAAAUUGUUGUUAAGCUCUUAGUACCUUUAUACAAAUAUAAGGAAUAUAAGUAUACUAAGCACAAUGACAUACUACUACAUAUUACAGCACACUUAUACUUAACAUAUUGUAUUCAUCAGUAAUUUUACAUAUAUUUGACUAAUAAAAUUUGUUCUGUUCUCCAAAUCAUAAUAAAUGUUGAAAUACUCGAA